UCCCCUCUACCAGCAAGCAAGAAGACAACGAGGAAGAACAACGAAACAAGGAAGACAGACAAGCAAGCGACAAAUGGAUGGCCAUUCGGGGCAACCUACCCGAGGACGAUGCCUCAAAAGCUACGGAAUCGUUCUCCUUUUGUGCACGGAUCUGUUUUUGCAAUGUGUCAACGGAUACCUGAGUUCCCCACACGUCGGCCAGGAUCCUCCGUACACAAGAGAUGCUCAACACGGACCGGUUAUCACCAGCCCAGUGGCGCCUGCUGCUCCUUCGGUUUCUCCCACCGACGAAGAAAGCUACACCGCAAAAUGUCCUAGUGGGGGGCUCUGCAGUCGCUUGCCCGCCGAUUGUAUACAAUGCAAUUAUCAGCACAAUUGCACCUAUGGGAAACCAGCUUUCUUCUCCUGUAAAGCCAAAAAGGGCGUUCACUGUGUUGGAGAAUCGGGCCAGCAGCAAAGCAACUUCUCUAUUUCUAUGACGUGUCAGUUUUGUUGGCAACUGGAGCCAUCGCAGUAUCGCUGCUCCAACUCAACCAACUGCAUGACUGUGGCUUGCCCUCGGCAGCGCUACAACGCUACUUGCGACGUUUUGGAACACGUACACUGUUUAGGUAAAAGGCGCUUUCUGAAGCGUUUGUAUUGUAACUGGACUGGUGGAUACAAGUGGUCCACGGCCUUGGCGCUCAGCAUCACGCUGGGCGGUUUCGGGGCCGACCGCUUUUACCUGGGCCAGUGGAGAGAAGGUCUGGGAAAGCUGUUCAGUUUCGGAGGCCUGGGCAUUUGGACUUUAAUAGAUGUCCUUCUCAUCGCCGUGGGUUACGUGGGCCCGGCGGACGGUUCUCUCUACAUUUAAAUUACGAACAUACAAAUAAAUGUAAAGGAUGUUUGAGGCACGGCUCAUGCUCCAAGGACUGAUCUCCCGACACCACCCCGGCUUUCCCAUCUGCUAACACGCGGGAAGUGUUUCUCCCGACUCACACCCCAGCGUAACUGCGUCCGCUCACAUGUAAGCACCAACCGUGGUAGUGGGCAGUCCCAAUCAGUCUCCCGUAGCGCCGGCGUGCAGAUGGAGCGCUAUACCGCCAUCAGGACCUGGCAAUUACAUGCUGGCGGGAGUUCGCUCUUUGAAAUCAGACGUCGAAAUCAUCUCGGACCUCAGUAGUUGAGUCGGUUUUCUUUUAUUCCAUGCCGGGUGAUUAAAUAGAGGUUUGAUGGUGACGAAUUCAAUGAGUUACUAAUGUCCGCCAUGUUAUUUACUGUAUUUAUUUACUGUUUUAAAGGUUCAUUUCAACAAGGCUGGAUGAUUUAGGACCCUUUCACACACUACCUGUAAGAAAAAAAAAAGUGUUUUCUCAACUGUUUCAUUUUUUUGUUUGAGUAAAAUGUUGAAUACCUUUUA